AUGACUCUCGCCGCACACUUAAACUAUUCUUCUUUUUAUACCAGAAACUUAAGAAUGUUCAGAGCAAAAACUACAACCGAAAGCAUGUAUAAGGAAUACAAGAAGUCUGGACACAACAUAAAGAGAAACAUACAAAGCCAAUAUUUUGAAUUGACAUCGACACAUGCUGGUACAACGUAUAGAAAAGUACUGAAUAUGAAAAGGUGGAGUCAAAAAAAACAGAAAGUGUUAAGUAAGCCCCUAAGAAAUAACAAAGCUAUCCCAAACAGUUACUUGACUUUCUGGGACAGUUUCUCUUCAAAACAUACAGUGCAUUAUGAGACGACACCUUUAGAGGGCUAUUCAUAUUGUCUAACACCUGCUUGGGACAAAAUGGCUAUCGUAUACACAAAUUCCACUGAGGAGCGCUUUGGAUCUAAAGCAAAGUUAUCUAUAGCCUCUAACACAUUUGGCUUUUGGUUGUAUCUUAUUGCUCUGCAGCUAUUCUCUAUGUGCAGCCUUUAA